GGCAGCGCGCCUCGCCGGGCACGGGGGCCGGCGGCACGCCGAGCCUCGGUCUAUGCAGGCAGUCUGCCGGCCUGCCCCGGGAGGAGGGCCCGUCGAGGGGAGGCGGCCAAGCGGUAGCGGUAGCAACGGAGGAGCCGGCGGCGUGCGCAGCCCAGGGUGGCUGUGCGACCGGGCUCCUUCCCCGCUGCGCUGGCCGGCUGUCGCCCAGCUCCCUGUCAGUGUUACCGCCCCCGGCCUGCGAGCAACAUGAGAGUAGUGGCUUUGAUCAGUGGUGGGAAGGACAGUUGUUACAAUAUGAUGCAGUGUGUUGCUGCUGGGCAUCAGAUUGUUGCUCUAGCCAAUUUAAGACCUGCUGAAGAUACAGGGCAGACUGAUGAAUUGGACAGCUAUAUGUAUCAGACAGUAGGACACCACGCCAUUGACCUAUAUGCUGAUGCAUUGGAUUUGCCACUCUAUCGUGGUUUUAUAAAAGGUACCAGUGUAAAUACUGGAAGAGUGUAUACUGCAUGCCAGGAAGAUGAGGUUGAAGAUCUUUACCAGCUCAUGAAACUUGUUAAGGACAAAGAAGGAGUAGAGGGUGUAUCUGUGGGAGCCAUUCUUUCUGACUACCAGAGAGUUCGAGUGGAAGAUGUGUGCAGAAGGCUUAAUCUUCAGCCUUUAGCUUACCUCUGGCAUUGGAACCAGGAAAUACUGCUUAAAGAAAUGAUAUCAUCUAACGUUCAGGCCAUAAUCAUAAAAGUGGCAGCUUUUGGAUCUGCUAGGGCUGAGAGGAAGAUUAGAAUGAUUAGAAAUACCACAUGCCCUCAUUCAUUUACAGGCUUAGAUCCAGAUAAGCAUCUAGGAAAAACUCUAGGUGAAAUGGAGCCUGUUCUUCUGGAGCUUUCUGAGAAAUACGGAGUCCAUGUUUGUGGAGAAGGAGGGGAAUAUGAAACAUUCACUCUGGACUGCCCUCUGUUUAAGAAGAAAAUAGUUGUAGAUUCAGCCAAGGUGGUUAUGCAUUCGGCUGAUGCAUUUGCACCUGUGGCCUAUCUUCAUUUUUCAAAACUACACCUGGAGAAUAAGGAAGAAUCUUUGGGUUCUUUUGUGGUCAGUAGCUGUUCUUGUGAGAUAAGCUGCAUGGAUGAUGAUGUUUUUCCUUCAUCAGAAGAAUGUGAACCAAAUAAAAAUAUUCCAGUCAUCUGGAAGACUUUGAAAUAUAACUCUUUGGAUUUCACUAAGACACUUCAAAAUUCAGGAAAAUCCCUGAGUGGUUACCAAUGGUUUUCAGGUAUCACUGCCCACUUCCUUCCAUCAAAGGGUAAAAAUGCUCCAGAUGCAGCACGGGAAGCGUUUUCUUCUCUCAGAGCUAAUUUGACUUCAGAGGGAUUGAAACUGAAGGAUAUUAUUUUGGUUCAUCUGUACAUGAAGAGCAUGAAGGAUUUCAGUGUUAUAAACUCAGUUUAUGUGACAGAAUUUGAUUUGUGUCCACCAGCAAGAGUAUGUGUGGAAACACUGUUACCUGAUGGAGUGCUGUUUUGCAUUGACUGCCUUGCACAUAAGUAUGACACGGCAACGGAUGAUGUAGUACAUGAUGAAAAGCUGGUCAUGCAUGUACAAAGCAUUUCCCACUGGGCACCUGCCAGCAUAGGACCUUACAGUCAGUCCAUCAAGGUUGGUGAUGUUCUCUACUGUGCUGGACAGAUUGCUCUGGUACCCUGCACGAUGCAGCUGGUUAGGGGUGGCAUACACGCAGAGGCCAGCCUUUCCCUCCGUCACGUUGGGCGAGUGCUGCAAGCCAUGAACCAGAAGACUGCACUCCACCACAUCAUCACAGCCACCUGCUACGUAACUGACAGCAAGAGCAUUUCUAUUGCUCGCUCCAUGUGGCAGAAGAAAUUAGGAGAAUGCAAAAAGGCUGAAGAUUCAGAGAUGUAUCAUGAUGAAACUGCAGUAUGUGGGUUGCUUGCUGUGGUUGUAAUAUCUCACCUACCCAGAGAUGCUGCCAUUGAAUGGCAUGUUGUUGCAGUAGUUGAUAAUCCACUCCAAAGGAAACAUUUUGCAAUGAAGAUGUUGUCAGAGGGGUUCCAAAUUGAGUGUGAAUCUGUGGAGUCUAGUUCUGCAUCUUGUGCAUCAAUCUCGAUACGCCUGAGCUUGGUUUCAUCAUUUACUUCUCACUUUGGUUUAGAUGGACCUCUUCAUGACUUAGUUGCUAUGUUUAAACAAGCUGUCGAGAAACUUUCAGAAGACUACAGUGCCAGUCCUUUGUCCUUCAGAGCUUUCUUCAAGGAGCAUGUCUUUGAUGCUGAAACACUACAAAAAGGACUGCAAGAAUACCUUGAAAAAUAUUUGGAAGAGAAGACCCCAGCUCUGAUUUUAGUACCUGUGGUGGAUUUACCUGACAAAGAUAUUAUUCAUAUAACAUGCUGGCUAAGCUAGCAGUUUAAAGGAGAUGAGUUGAUAUCAAAACACGCAUACAUUCCACCCAGGAGAGAACAAAGAAAGGAGCUGAUACUAACUCCAUUGGAUACUUUCAUGAAGCAAUAUUGUUUAAGGAAAGUUGAAUUGCCUUGUUAAUGAUGUCUUGUGAUAUGUGACAGAGUCAGGUUUGUAUGAAGAAUAAAGCUUUCUUUUAAAAACAA